UCCCGCGAAGAUUGAGCCUCCUCCGCAGUUUCUCUUGGCACAUCAUCAUGAGUAAGAGGAAGGCCAAAGAUGCUCAUCUGCCCAUAGGGGAAUGCAUCACACAGGUUCAGCAGAUUUUAAGGGAGCGGUUUUGUGAGAGGCAGCUCCCUGACAGGCUGGAUGGAGUGGAAGCUCAGUACAAACAUCUCCUGGAGCUGCUGAGGCGGACGGCGGUCCACGGGGAGAGUAACUCUGUGUUAAUUGUGGGUCCCAGAGGAGGAGGGAAAACGACGCUGCUCCAGUGUGUGCUGAGAGACCUGCAGGAGGAGGAAGAGGUGGAGAAAAACCUUCUUCAGGUUCACCUCAAUGGUCUCCUGCAGACUGAUGACAGAAUCGCGCUGAAAGAAAUAACCAGGCAGCUCCAACUGGAAAAUGUUGUUGGCGACAAAGUGUUUGGAAGCUUUGCUGAAAAUCUGGCUUUCCUUCUGGAGGCGUUAAAAAAAGGUGACCGCAGCACCAGUUGCCCAGUGUUGUUCGUCCUGGAUGAGUUCGACCUGUUUGCCCACCACAAGAACCAGACUCUGCUCUACACCCUGUUCGACGUCUCCCAGUCCGCCCAGGCUCCCAUCGCUGUGGUCGGCCUCACCUGCAGACUAGAUGUUCUGGAGCUGCUGGAGAAGCGGGUGAAGUCGCGGUUUUCCCACCGUCAGAUCCACCUGCUGAGCGGCCUCAACUUCGCCCAGUUCCUGGAGCGUGUUCAGAUGCAGCUCAGCCUGCCGGACAGUUUUCCCGACAACAAGUUCGCUCAGGAGUGGAACGCCAGCGUGAAGACUCUGUGUGAGGACAAAUCCGUGGAGGAAGUCCUGCAGAGACACUUCAACUCCAGCAAAAACAUCCGCUCUCUGCACGUGCUGCUGAUGUUGUGUCUGAGUCGCGUCUCCGUCGCCAAACCUGCCAUCAAACCGGCCGACCUGCUCGAGGCCAGCCGGAUGUGUUUUGCUGAUUCCACGGCUAACAUGCUCCACGGCCUGUCCAUCUUGGAGCUGUGCCUGGUCAUCGCCAUGAAACACCUCAAUGACAUCUACGAAGGAGAGCCGUUCAACCUCCAGAUGGUCCAUAACGAGUUUAAGAAAUUCCUGCAGAGGAAGUCCAGCUCCAUCUACAACUUUGAGCAGCCGGUCAUCAUGAAGGCGUUCGAGCACCUGCAGCAGCUGGAGCUGAUCCGGCCGUCGACGGGCCCUCGGUCAAAUCCCAGCGGGAAGUACCAGCUUGUGAGGCUCACGCUGGACCACAGUCAGAUCAUGGAGGCCCUGCAGAAAUACCCACAGUGCCCCACUGACGUCAAGCAGUGGGCCAUGUCGGCAUUUGGGUAGAACUUCGGAACAUUUAGAGGGUUUUAGUUUUGUUUUGACCUGGACUAAGGCUGGAGGUUGGAGCAAAACGACGACGUGACGUUUCUUCUGGAUCUUCUGGAUGUUCACCGUAAAUUAUCAGGAAAUAAAAGGAAAUCAGGGAUCAGAUUUCAGACCCUAUAUGUCCUUUUUUUCCCCCUCUUCUAUCAUUAAAGAGGUUUAUUUUGAAGGUUUAGGGAGCUUUUUAAUGACCUACAUCACACGGGCUUCCUUUUGGAGAAGAAAGACUGAAAUUCAGCUUUAAGUGUUGUGUCAUUUAGUCUAGAACACAAUGAUUGACCUUCCUGCUAAAAUUGUAGGUUAGAAAAAUCAAACAAGCCGUGGACCAUCUGAGGCUUCAGAUCAUUUUUAGAUCACGGUAUCAAGCUGCCAAAUGCUGCCAUCUAGUGGUGAAUUCGUGCAGUUGACACGAACCUGGAUGAAAGUUGUAGUUUUGAUUCUUGGGGAAAAAAUUAAUUAUUAUGCAUAUUAUAUUAACUAGUGUGGUCAGGCCGUGGUGAGGCAUCUGUCCCUCCACAGCUCACAAGAAUCGCUGCUCCUCUGACUUGGUGCACAGCGAUCACCUGAUGGGCCCUAUCUGUCACUUUCUGGGCAGUAACCUGUGAAAUCUGAUGGCCGAGUGAACGUCGGUGAUGUUCUGGUAUAGUUUCUGCAACAUUAGAUUCCUAUUAGUGUCAGUAAAAAGCACUUCAUUCAUUAUUUAAUCACAGGACAUCCUCCUGGUAGAUACUUGGUGUUCUUGAGUCGUCAAAGUCCUCGCUGCUCAAUAAAGUUUUAAAGGUAAAAA